AUGCUCCAAGUUGAAGACAGGCCUCCUGAAGAUCAGCCAGCAUCCCAUCCUUUCUUAAGAGCAACAAGAGAAGAAAUUGCAAGCAUUAGCUUAAUGAAAGCUUCAAUCAGACUAGAAGCUGAAAGAAUUUACAAUGUCCGUUCAGAUCCUUUAGAAUUUGAAGUCUUAGGAAGCCAAAUAUGUGAUGAAAGAGUUCCAAUUAGUACUUCAUUUGAUGAAACAGGGACCGUUUUAGGAAUAGCAGGAUGAUCUGGAAUUGCAUCUCUUUAUUCUAUUCCAAGUGGAACUCUAAUUUCUAGCCUUGAAGGGCAUUCAGAUAGAGUGCAGACAAUAGAUAUUUGCAAUAAUAUUGUUGCAACAGGAUCAUUUGAUAUGAAUAUAGGAAUAUGAGAAAAUAGUCAGGCUAGAUGACUUACUCUCUUUAAAAAACAAUAUUUUCUAUCAUUCGGGUAUAGCUUUUAUUUUUAUAUUGACGAUUUGAGAACUAUCAUAAUAAUUUAUUUAGCUUACAUUCAAAGAAUUGCCAUGAAAAUUUAAUUUAUUUUCAAAAUGAAGAAAAAACAUUUUAAGGGGCUGUCCUCUCUAUAUUAUUUUAAAAAACAUAUGUUUUAAAAAGGAAGCUAGAGGACAUGAAUCUAGGGUCAAUAAAGUUAAAUUCCAUCCUAUUGGCAACUUGCUUUUAAGCUGUUCAUAUGAUAAAACUUGGAAGCUUUGAGACAUAAGCCGAAAUGAUUGCAUUCUCACACAGCAUGGGCAUGGCAGAGGCAUCCACUGUUUAAGCCUUCACCCAGAUGGCAGUAUCCUCGGGACUGGUGACCUUUCUGGAACCGGCGCUCUAUGAGAUCUCAGAACAGGCGGUCAUAUUCUUACCCUCAGAGGGCAUGUCAAGCAGCUCCUCUGCAUGAGCAUUUCUCCAAAUGGACACACAAUUUCUACAGGCAGCGAUGAUAAUACCGUCAAAAUCUGGGACAUUCGAAAGCGUGGGCUUGUUUUUACGAUUCCUGCACACUCCAAACUGGUUUCUUCAACAACCGCAACAGAAAAAUUUAUUGGCUCAUGCUCCUAUGAUGGAACCACCAAGUUAUGGUCUCCUAAAGAUUUUUCGCUGCUUAAAACAUUUUCAAAUGAAAAUAAAGUGACUGAUAUAAAUCUCAGUCCUAAAGGAGACAUCCUAGUAACUACGUCUUUUGAUAAAACCUUCAAAUUAUGGAAGCUAGCUUAG